AUGCACCUUGGGCGCUGCUUAGUUCUCCUUACUGUGCUGGGCGCUGAGGACCCCGGCCCCGAGAACAUUCGGCGCCUGGUCCUGGCGAACGUGCAGCCCGGAGAAAACAAGGCACCGCAGCACCUGCCCGGCCCCGCGGCCGAGAGGGAUAUGGCCGACGAGGAUAUGGCCGAGGGCGAUACGGCGGAGGGCGACGGCGCAACGGGUACCGCGGUCGAGGCCGACUCAGCGCAGGGUGACGAUGACGAGGCAGCAAGGGGAGACUAUGUGGAUGUAGUAGACGACGAGGCCGCGGCAGCAAAUGGUGCAGCCGAAGGAGAGAAGGCCGAAGCAGCAAAGGGUGACGAUAGUGCAGUAGAUGGAAAGAAGGCCGGAACAGCAAAGGGUGACGAUAGUGCAGUCGAUGGUGAUGCAUCAUUGGAUGACGAUUCGUCACCAAGUAUGAUGCCGGAGCCCGAACGCGAAUCCAGCCGGUCGAGAGAAGCGCGAGCUGCCAGUCCUCGCUUCCGCAACCGGCGUCAGUCUGUCCUGGCGGAUGUCGACGAGGAAGAACCCGAACCCGACGUCGCCGAGAAAGAAUCAGUCGAGGAGGAAGAACCCGAACCCGACGUCGCCGAGAAAGAACCAGUCGAGGAGGAAGAACCCGAACUCGAUGUCGCCGAGAAAGAAUCAGUGCCCGAACUCGAUGUCGCCGAGAAAGAAUCAGUCGAGGAGGAAGAACCCGAACUCGAUGUCGCCGAGAAAGAAUCAGUUGCGGCCCAGAAAGAACCCCCGACUCCGCGACCAAGGCUUCUACCAGAAGACGGCUCUGAAACCGGUGGGCCACCGGCGCGACCGACCAAGAGUAAUGGUAUAGAUGCAGGAACUUCCCGCCGUACUGGAUCGGCUGUGGGUGCACCGGAUCUUGCCCGGAUGAAGGAGUUACCGCCGGAGGAGGAAGCGCCCAGGGAGGAAGUGCGCAAGAAGGGCAGCCUUCCAAAGGACAAGUUGCCGAAGUUCAUGAAAAGAAUGUUCGGGAUAAAGUAG